GUUACAAUUUUUAAUUUAACUUAGCCCUAAUAUAAAUAUUGCCACUCCUUUUGUUGCACCACUACUACUACUACUAUAUACUUGUUCACACCUAGUGAUCAGUUCAUAUAUCUCAAAAUCAUAUAGUGUUCUUCUCAUAAAACGAGCUAGAAUGAGGGUUGUUGUUGUUUCAUAUUUCUUGUGCAUUUUUCUUGUUUGUGGCUUAAUAUUAGUUGUAGCCGAUGAUAAUAAUAAUAAUAACAAGGUUGAUCAUGAUAAAGAGGAUAAGCAUUUGUUCCCUCGUCCACUUUUUAUUAAGCCUCGUCCAUUGAGACCACGUUUGAAACCUCCUCUUCUUCACAAACCUUUUAGGCAUGGAAUUGGCGGCGGACUUGGCGGCGGCGGUGGACUUGGUGGGGGUGGUGGUUUAGGUGGUGGAGGUGGACUUGGUGGUGGUGGUGGUCUUGGGGGAGGUGGUGGACUUGGGGGUGGUGGUGGGCUUGGUGGAGGUGGUGGGCUUGGGGGUGGAGGUGGGCUUGGUGGAGGUGGUGGGCUUGGGGGUGGAGGUGGGCUUGGUGGAGGUGGUGGUUUGGGACAUGGUGGUGGGCUUGGUAAAGGAGGUGGGCUUGGUGGAGGUGGUGGUUUGGGACAUGGUGGUGGGCUUGGUAAAGGAGGUGGGCUUGGUGGAGGUGGUGGUUUAGGGCAUGGUGGUGGUGGUGGGCUUGGUGGGGGUGGUGGGCUUGGAGGAGGACAUGGUGGUGGGCUUGGUGGGGGUGGUGGGCUUGGAGGAGGACAUGGUGGUGGGCUUGGAGGUGGUGGUGGGAUUGGAGGAGGACAAGGGGGUGGGCUUGGAGGAGGACAUGGUGGUGGGCUUGGUGGGGGUGGUGGGCUUGGAGGAGGACAUGGUGGUGGGCUUGGAGGUGGUGGUGGGAUUGGAGGAGGACAAGGGGGUGGGCUUGGAGGUGGCGGUGGGCUAGGUGGGGGCGGUGGGCUUGGUGGGGGUGGUGGGAUAGGCGGUGGCGGUGGUGCAGGUGGGGGUGGAGGAUUUGGUGGUGGUGUUGGAGGAGGUGGUGGUUUUGGUGGCGGAGGAGGAUUUGGAGCUGGAGGAGGUGUUGGUGGUGGGGGUGGUUUUGGUGGUGGAGGUGGUAUUGGUGGUGGUGGCCACUGAUGUUAAUAUUUAUAUAUAAAUUAUAUUUAUAUAUAGUCUUUUAGGUUCAUUCUUUAAUUAUCUACUUAUUGAACCUAUAUAUAUAUAUAUAGCUUGUUUAUUAUUAGUAGUAGUUAUUAUAGAGCUCAAAUAUGCAUGCAUGCAAUAUAUAUAUAUUGGUGAGAAGUGAUCACUUUUUCAAUGUCAAGAUCUGUCCUUUUGAAUUUUAGGGAACAUUUUUAGUGUUCCUCUCCUACCUAGCUACAAUGGCAUUGUACUGUAAACUUGUUAUGUUCUCAUUACUACUAUAAAUAAUAUUGUUUGUUAUUAUUCUA